AUGCUGAUUCUGACGCAGAAGAAAAGCGUCAAAAAUUCAGCCGUCGCCACGGAGUCAAUAUCUAAGGUAAUAACAGACUUUCCUUCAACUUUUUCCCACUUACAUCUUUUUAAAGUUUCAACAAAAUUACAAAUUAAAUCUAACACCUUUCAAAAUUUUUAUAACAAUGAAAUUCGUUUCAAGACGAUUCUCGAAACUCAACUACGCUUCAAUCGGUAUGUUCGGGCUUUGAACAUCUUUCGCCAUAAAGAAGGAAUCACGCGACGAUUCCACUCUUUUUUCACGGAACACCUGCUCGUUUCUCCCCGAGGCACAGCUGUAUGCCCUCUUAUGGUCAGAAGGAAAAGUUGCUGGUCGCCGCGGCGCGUGGGAAUAAAUCAUAACGGACGCGUUUUGUGGAUAAAAAUCUGGCGGAGGCGAGGUUGGCGAGUCCGUACAAGGCGAGAAGAACUGACUCGCACGGGCCGUCAAUGUUUGACAAGUGUUAAGACAUUGUGGCUCGUGAAUCACCGCCACAUCUUCGACGCCUUCUUUCGUUCCUCAGGUUUUCGUUUCACGCCUUCGCUUCUUCUGGACUUCUUCUAG